GCUAUUAACUGUCUGGACUCAGCAGUGAAGCAGCAUCAGCAGCCAUGGCCUCUGGAGACCCAGUCAAGAAGCUCCGUGAAGAACUGGCCUGUCCCAUGUGCUCAGAGUAUUUCAAGGAGCCUGUGACCAUCCCCUGUGGGCACAAUUUAUGCCAAUCCUGCCUGGAUCAGUGCUGGGAAGGGAAAGAGGCCUCCUGCCCACAAUGCAGGAAGAAAGUGCAGAAAGGAGACACUAGGCCAAAUAGACAAUUGGCAAACCUGGUGCAGAUAGCAAAGGAACUGAAGAGCCAGAAGGCAGAAGAGAAGGGCAGAAUCUGCCAGAGGCACCAGGAGCCUCUAAAGCUCUUCUGCAAGGACCAUGAAGCCCCCAUCUGUGUGGUGUGUGACAGGUCGAAGGAGCACAAAAACCACCAAGUGAUUCCUCUGGAUGAGGCAUCGAAAGAGUACAAGGAUCAAAUUUGGAAUUUGCUGGAGUCUCUGAAGAAGGAAAGAGAGAAAAUUCUGGCCUACAAAGCAAAUACAGCAAAGGAAACUGAUGAUGAGCUUGAGGAAACCCAAAUUUGGAAGGAGAAGACUGUGGCUGCAUUCAGACGCAUGCAUCAGUUUCUAGAAGAACAAGAGAGGAAUCUGCUGGCAAAAAUGGAAGAGCUGGAGAAGGAGAUUUGGGUAAAAAGGGAGGAACGUUUGGCCAGACUCUCAGAAGAACUCUCCUCAAUUUCAAGUCUCAUGCAAGAGAUGGAGAAGAAGCACCAGCAGUCAGCAAGUGAACUCCUCCAGGAUAUUGGAAGCUUCUUACAGGGGUAUCAGAAGAGAGAGAAAAGUGAGACUCCUGUGGUUUUUACUUCUGCCCUGAAAUGGAAGAUCUGGGACUUCCGUGAUAUAACUCCCUUCCUGGAGGGUGUCAUGAAGCAAUGCAGAGACUCUCUGGAAUCUGGACUUCAGCAGCAAAAAGCACAUGUGACUCUGGAUCCAGACACAGCCCAUCCUCAGCUCAUCCUCUCUGAAGAUUGCAGGCGUGUGACAUGGGGAAAGGAAGAGCAAGAUCUUCCUGACAAUCCUGAGAGAUUCAAUCAUUGUCCUUAUGUGCUGGGCCAGGAGGGAUUCACAGGAGGCAGGCAUUUUUGGGAAGUCCUUGUGAGUAGUGAGGAAGACUGGUCUGUGGGAGUUGCCAGAAAAUCUGUUGAGAGAAAGGACUUUGACCACUCUGGUCCUGAUGCUGGGAUCUGGGAAAUGGGAAAGUGGGGGAGUGAAUACUGGUUCUCCUCAGACAACUAUGAAACCCCAUGUCUGAUUAUGAGUGAGGAGCCCAGGAGGGUUCGAGUGACACUGAACUGCGAAGGGGGUCGGGUGGCCUUUUAUGAUGCAGAUUCAGCAGCCCUGAUUUUUGAAUACCCUCCAGCCUCUUUCUCAGGAGAGACCCUCCUCCCCCUCUUUCAUGUGCAUGACACAGCCCAACUGGCUCUCUCUCUCUAAGAAUGGAGGGCAAAGCCCAAAGACACGUACAC